AUGUUUGGUCUUCCUGGAUUUUUAUGUACAAUUGAUCAGAAAGGCGAAGCUAAUAAUGUCAUAUUAGAAGAUUCAAACCCACAAAAUAGUGGCGCCUCCAUAAACAUAUACGGGCCAAAAGGACUUCGCAGAUUCCUUCGACUUGCUCUUGCAUUAUCAAGAGCUAAUUUGAGCUACACUUAUGCUGUUCAUGAGUUAAUAUUAGAAGAAAAACAUUGCCCUCCAAAUUGGCAAGAUUGGGCGUGUUUAGAAGCCGAUAUAACUCGAGAUCCCCCAUUAUUUUGUGAACGUUCUGGUAGAGACAUUUUCGCGAAUAGUGAUGGAUUCUGGUAUAAUAUUACAAAUAAUGAAGAGAACUGUGAAAUGGUGCAUGCAAUGUCUAUAAAACAUACGAUCCCUUCCGUAGGUUGGCUGAUAAUAAAGCCGGAUCAAUCACCUUCCUUGUGUGUUGAGACAGCUAUAAAAUUAGGCGUUCCCAAAGGACGGUUAAUGGGUGAACUGAAACGAGGUAAUACAAUUGUCAUUGAUGGGAAAACAGUUCGGCCUGAAGAUGUAUUGAAACCACGUUUAAGAGGUCAUCGUAUUGCAAUUAUGGGGGACACGUAUGAUUCUUCUGAACUUUUACGUCUUAUGCAAGUUUUGCAUACUGCAAAUCAAAUCACUUCUAUAACUCUGGAUACCCUUGUACAUGAAGCUACUUUAGACGAUAGUUUAUAUGAGGAUGCGUUGAGCAAAGGUCAUUCUGUACCAAGCGUUGUAAUGAAAUUAGCCUGUCAACUCAAUGUUCGUCAGUUAGUUUUAACACAUUUCAGUCACAGAUAUGAUCGAAUAGACUCUUCGGAUGAAAAUACUAUAAAAAAUAAAAUCGGUGAACAGGCGAUUUAUUCAAACAAAUCUAAAAGUGAUAAGAAAAACAAACCUAGUUUACAAAUUAUCUUAGAUCAAGCCAAAUCUACAGAUUUCAGCGGAGAUAUCAUUUUGGCUGAUGAUCAACUUUUAGUGAAAAUUCCCCCUGUAACACAAUAA